GGAAAACUUAAACCAAUUUACCACCAUAUCCAAGUACAAAUACAGCACAGCAGAUUAUCAUACAAGGAAAGGAAAAUAGAAAUACAGAACAGAACAAACAAAGAACAAAAGACAUCAAGAUUACGGAUUAAGAAAAUGAAAUUGAAAGGGUUUAGAUGAUUACUUUGAUUGGUAUUUGAUCAACUUAUUAUCUUGUUGAUUUCACUUAUAUUUAAUCGGCAUCAUCAUCGGUAUAUCUAACUCGAUACUUCGAAUCUCGAUCCUCAUCUCUAUCAACAAAACCAAGGAACCCGCCUCACCAAAAACAAACAAGGAAAGGAAAGAUGUCAAAUAAACUAACCAAGUUUGAAAGAAACCCACCAAUGUGGUCAGAUUCAGAUUCAUCAUCAUCUUCAUCAUCUUCAGAACCAGAACCAGAAAGUCUAUUAAAGAAAAUAACAGAAGAAGAAACAGAAACAAGAAUCUCAUUCCCAUUAACUUCAUUUGAUAAUACGAUUCAAAACGUAUCAGCCAUAAGUUUUAUGAUGGGAAACCUAAUGGCUUUGAACAUCUUGUGUUUAUUAACUCAUCAGUUUCAUCAUUAUUAUAAACUUAAUUUAUAUUGUUUAGUUUUGAUCGUGUUUCAUUUUUUCGAAUUUAUGGUCACUGCUAUUUGGAAUCAUUCUAGAGUCACUGUAAACUCAUUCUUACUUAAUAAUGGAAUCGAAUAUUGGUUAGCUCAUCUAUUCAGCAUAACCGAAUACCUAAUCAUGCAAACCAUCUAUCACAAGCGUUCUUCAAACCUCCUCGAUAUCUUCUCAAUUACCAUCAUCAUUCUUUGUCAAUUGAUUCGAACGCUUUCAAUGAUCACAGCUGCUCAAUCUUUUAAUCAUAAAGUUUCGACUUCUAAAACUCCUGAUAAAGAUCAUACUUUGAUCACUAAUGGGAUCUAUAAUUAUCUUAGACAUCCUUCUUACUUUGGUUUUUUUUAUUGGUCGAUUGGAUUACAGAUUUAUUUUAGAAAUUGGUGUAGUUUCUUCCUCUUCUUUGGUGUGCUUUGGAACUUUUUCAAUAAACGUAUUCAAAAUGAAGAAAUGCAUUUAAUCAAAUUCUUUGGAAAAGAUUAUCUAGACUACAAAUCUCGUACUGGAAUUUAUAUUCCAUUCAUCAGAUAAGAAACCCCUUCCAUAAACUAUCCCAUUGAUUUUAUAAAAUUCUUUGUAUUCUCAUCUUCACCAAAGAAAAAAAAACAAUCUAUUUCGGAAUCUCUUAAAAAAAGUUCUCUUUUCUAAAGGUUUUUGUAUUUCUUAAAAUUUAAAAAUCUUUAUUAACUUUCUUUUAAAAAUUGUAAACUUGUUUGAUCAAGAAAAAUUGUGUAAUCUAUUUAGAUUUCUAAAAAUCUCUCAAAUCUUUCAUUUUUCCAGUUAGUAAAAGUCUAUUUAAUCUU